AUGCGGCCGGCGGGAGCAGCGGCUGUCGCGGGGUCGCCGGCGCGGGACAUGUCGCUGUGCGGGGAGCUGCUGCAGGCCCCGCCGCCCCUGGCGUCGCAGCCGCCGGCGGCCGCGCCCUCGGGGCCGCCGCUCCCCGCAGCAGCCGGCGUGACCCUCAACCGCCUUCCGGAGCCGCUGCUGCGGAGGCUCGGCCGGAGCUUGGACCGAGCGCCCGAGGGCCGGGGAUGGAGGAGGCUGGCCGAGGUGGCAGGGAGUCGGGGGCGCCUCCGGCUCAGUUGUCUAGACUUGGAGCAGUGUUGUCUUAAGGUCCUGGAGCCUGAAGGCAGCCCGAGCCUGUGUUUACUGAAGCUGCUGGGUGAGAAAGGCUGUACGGUCGUGGAGCUGAGCGACUUCCUGCAGACAAUGGAGCACACUGAGGUCCUUCAGCUCCUCAACCCCCCAGGAAUAAAGAUCACUGUAAACCCGGAAUCCAAGGCAGUCUUGGCUGGACAGUUUGUGAAGCUGUGUUGCCGGGCAACUGGGCAUCCUUUUGUACAAUAUCAGUGGUUCAAAAUGAAUAAAGAGAUUCCGAACGGAAAUGCAUCAGAACUUAUUUUUAACACGGUGCAUAUAAAAGAUGCAGGCUUUUAUGUCUGUCGAGUUAAUAAUAAUUUCACCUUCGAAUUUAGCCAGUGGUCACAGUUGGAUGUUUGUGAUGUCACAGAAGUAACAGAAGGCUUCCAGAGAAGUUUGGAUGGCGUCUCUGACUCUAAGUUGCAAAUCUGUAUUGAACCAAAGUCCCAAAAGUUGAUGCCUGGCAGCACGUUGAUCCUACAGUGUGUUGCUGUUGGAAGCCCCAUUCCUCACUACCAGUGGUUCAAAAAUGAAUCACCACUAACACAUGAGACAAAAAAGCUAUACAUGGUGCCUUAUGUGGAUCUGGAGCAUCAAGGAACCUAUUGGUGUCGUGUAUAUAAUGAUCGAGACAGUCAAAACAGCAAGAAAGUAGAAGUCAUCGUAGGAAGAACAGAUGUGGCAGUGGAGUGCACUGAAGAUGAAUUAAAUAAUCUCGGGCAUCCCGAUAAUAAAGAGCAAACAGUGGACCAGCCUUUGGCAAAGGACAAGGUUGCUCUUUUGAUAGGAAAUAUGAAUUACUGGGAGCACCCCAAGCUUAAAGCUCCUUUGGUGGAUGUGUAUGAAUUGACCAACUUGUUAAGACAGCUAGAUUUCAAAGUCGUUUCACUGCUGGAUCUUACUGAAUAUGAGAUGCGUAAUGCCGUGGAUGAAUUUUUACUGCUUUUAGACAAAGGAGUCUAUGGACUAUUAUAUUAUGCAGGACAUGGUUAUGAAAACUUCGGGAACAGCUUUAUGGUCCCUGUCGAUGCUCCAAAUCCAUAUAGGUCUGAAAAUUGCUUGUGUGUACAAAAUAUACUGAAAUUGAUGCAAGAGAAAGAAACCGGACUCAAUGUGUUCCUGUUGGACAUGUGCAGGAAAAGAAAUGACUACGAUGAUACCAUCCCAAUCUUGGACGCACUAAAAGUCACUGCCAAUAUUGUGUUUGGAUAUGCCACGUGUCAAGGAGCAGAAGCCUUUGAAAUACAGCAUUCUGGGUUGGCAAAUGGAAUCUUCAUGAAAUUUUUAAAAGAUAGAUUAUUAGAAGAAAAGAAAAUAACUGUGUUACUGGAUGAAGUGGCAGAAGAUAUGGGUAAAUGUCACCUUACCAAAGGCAAACAGGCUCUAGAGAUUCGAAGUAGCUUAUCUGAAAAGAGAGCACUUACGGACCCAAUACAGGGAACAGCACAUUCUGCAGAAUCUCUGGUGCGGAAUCUCCAGUGGGCCAAGGCACAUGAACUUCCAGAAAGUAUGUGUCUUAAAUUUCAAUGUGGUGUUCAGAUCCAAUUAGGAUUUGCAGCUGAGUUUUCCAACGUCAUGAUAAUCUAUACAAGUAUAGUCCACAAACCACCUGAUAUAUUAAUGUGCGAUGCCUAUGUUACCGAUUUUCCACUUGACCUAGAUAUUGAUCCAAAAGAUGCAAAUAAAGGGACGCCCGAAGAAACUGGGAGCUAUUUAGUAUCAAAGGAUCUCCCCAAGCAUUGCCUCUAUACUAGACUCAGCUCACUGCAAAAAUUAAAGGAACAUCUAGUCUUCACAGUGUGUUUAUCAUAUCAGUACUCAGGAUUGGAAGAUACUGUAGAGGAAAAGCAGGAAGUGAAUGUCGGAAAACCUCUCAUUGCUAAACUAGACAUUCACCGAGGCUCCGGACGGAAGACUUGCUUCCAAACUUGUGUUAUGUGUAACAGCCCUUACCAGAGCUCAACAGCUGUGUCCGUGGGAGCUGGCCAUUAUCGUUCAUCUCAAGACUCAUUCUGUGGUGUUUACCAUUCACAUCUUAGUAACUCAAGUAAUGCGAUGCCGUCAGAUAGUUGUCGUUGCAGCCGGACUGCAGAUGCAUUUAUUUCAAGUCAUCAUACCCACCAUUAUUCAUGUCAGUUUGGCAGAAGCAAUGUGCCAGUAGAGACAACUGAUGAAAUACCAUUCGGUUUCUCUGAUGGGCUCAGAAUUUCUGAAAAGUGACCUUUUUGUUUUUGAAAGUUAUCAUAAUUAAUAGAUGUCUCAUCCAACAGUACUUAACAUAAAGUGAGAUAUUGGGGAAAAGCAAAUAUAUAUACAUGUGGAGAGAAAAAAUUAGUAACAGCUGUUUCAUGGCAAACUCAGGACUUUGAGAUGCUGGAAUUAUAUUAUUUAACUACGGACUUCCUCUUUUAAGAUUCUGUGAAUUGGUUGAUUUGUUCUGUAAGUAUGAAGUACGGAUGUGUAUAUGUUUAUGUGUAUAUAACAAAAGUGUUUUCAUUUUGACCACUCUGAAGUAAGAACAGUGGGAAUGGCAUUACUGUAGAAUAAGUCGUUGUAUUUUUAGAGCCAGAAAAUGUACCUUGGUGGUCAUCAGGCUUAACCUAAUUUUAUCAGUGGGAGAAACAGAUUGAGGCAUCUUGUUUAAGUUAGAGCUGAGACCUCCAGGCUUCUAUUCCAGUGUUUAUUCCACUACACACUGCCUUCCUGACAGGUUCUGAGACAGGUAGUAUUUUGGUAGAUAGAUUUAAAGAUAUAUAAAUAUGGAUAUCUGUAUAUAAUCUAGAAAUGUAUGGACUUUAGUUUGUGAUUAUAGGACUUUGCUGCAAAUGCCAGUUAAGAGGUUUGUAUGUAAAUCUUAUGUAUAACAGGCUGAAAUUUCUUAAGGUCAUGAAAGCACAUGGGAAGUGACAAGAUGUUUGUCUAUGUUAAAGCCCUAGACAGCAGAAUAAUUUUGCUACUGGAUGACCUUGGUAGCUGUUUACCUGAAUCUUACAAAUAUUGGACAUGUCUUCCUUAAUAAGGUGUAUUUUCUCAUUUUAUUGGCCUUAGGAGACAGUCACCUUUGGUUCUACCUAAAAGCAAGUUUAAAAAGCAGCUGGCAAUAAAAAGGUUGAAUUAGUAAUUUUAAAACAUCCCACAAAGAAAAUCCCAGGCCCAGAUGUCUUCACUGCUGUAUUCUACCAGACAUUUUUUAAAGAAGUAGCACCAAUCCUUUGCAAACUUUUUCCAAAAAUAGGAGAACACUUCCCAACUCAAUUUUUUGAGGCCAGUAUUACCCUAAUACAAAACCAAAGACAUUGCAAGAAAACUACAGAGCAAUAUCUAUUAUGACUAUAGACACAAAAAAUCAUCAACAAAAUACUAGCAAAAUAUAAAAAGGGUCAUACACCAUGACCAAGUGAAAUUUAUCCCAGGAAUGCAAGGUUGGUUUAACAUCCAAAAUCAAACAUAAUGUGUAAAUUAUCUUGUUAUUCACAAUAGUUAUAUUCUAUAAUGUCACUAUGAAUACUGAAUUAGCGAAUACAGAGCCAUUGCUCCUAGGGGAAAUGUGUGUGUUUUACACAUAUACGUAUCCCAAAUAGACUGUAACCUUAAAUCCUAAAAACAACUUAUCCUGGUAGAGUCUAUUUAUUUUAUAAGAGACAAAAUGAGGUUCAGAAGUAUUAAGUGACUUGCCUGAGGCCACCCAACUAAUGGGUCAGACUUGGGAUUCAGACACAUCCAACCGGCCCCAGAGCCAGAGCUUCUUGCACUAUACUGCCUUUCCCCAUGCCUUCUCCAUCCUCUGGUCAUCUCUGCCGGAGAGCUGAAACAAGAAGGCAAAGCAUUGCCUUGUUUGACCUCAGCUGAGACCAUGCACCUCAAGGAACUCAGUUUUUUUCACCCGUCUGCACAUGUCCAUGAAUGGUCAUAAAAGUGCUGCAAGUAUUGACGUUAGGGUUAUAAACAAAUUUUAAAUAAAUUGGCAAAUUUACAAACACAGAAUUAUGAAUGAGGAUCAUGUUCCUAAAGAUCAAAAUUACCACAUUGUCUUGUCUUAAUGUAUACAGAAAAAGCAUUUGAUAAAAUUCAGCACCCUUUCAUAAUAAAAAUACUCAAGAAACUAGAAAUAAAAGGGGAACGUCCUCAGGAUAAUAAAGAGCAUCUACCAAAAAUACACACCUACUUAAACAUCAUACUUAAUGGUGACAGACUGAAUACUGACUGCUUUCCCCCUAAGAUCAGAAAUAAGACAAGGAUUUUCAUUCUCACCACUUCUAUUCAACACUGUACUUGAGGCACUAGCCAGGGCAAUUAGGCAAGAAAAAGAAAGGGCAACCAUAUUGGAAAAGAAGUAAGACUAUAUGUAUUCAGAGAUGACAUGAUCUUGUUGUAUAUAGAAAAUUAUAAGGAAUUCAUUUCAAAACUAAUGAGUUCAACAGGUUGCAGGAUAGAUACAAAGAUCACCAUACAAAAAUCAGUUUUAUUUCUAUACUAGCAAUGGACAUUCUAAAAUUGAGAUUUUUUUUUUACUCCUGUUUAUAAUAGCAUUAGAUGAAUAAAACAAAACUACAGAACAUUAUUGAAAGAAAGAAGAUGUAAAUAAAUGGAAAGACAUCUUUGUUGGUGGAUUGGAAGACUUAACACUGUUUAGAUGGCAGUGCUCCCCAAAUUGGUCUACAGAUUCAAUGCAAUUCUCAUCAAAAUUCCAGCUGGCUUUUUGGCAGAAAUUGAUAAGCUGAUAAAAUUCACAUGGAAAUGCAAGAAACCCACAAUACCCAAAACAAUCUUGAAAGAGAACAAAGUGGGAAGAUUCACACUUAACCAAUUUUAAAACUUAUUACAAAGCUAUAGUAAUCAAAACAGGAUAGACAUUACAAAGGAAUAUAAAAUGUAACAGUCCAGAAAUAAACCCAUACAUUUUAUGAUCAAUUGAUAUUUGGUAAGGGUGCCAAUACCAUUCAAUGAGGAAGAGUAGUCUUUUCAACAAAUGAUCCAAGGACAACUGGAUAGCCACAUGCUAUCCAGUGGCUAUCCCUGGAUAGCCACUUAUGGUAUAAGGAAGGCUAUCCCUUCCUUAUACCAUACACAAAUUUUAACUCAAAAUGGAUCAUACACCUAAAUAAGAGCUAAAACUAUAAAACUCUUACAGGAAAACAUAGAAGUAAAUCUUUGUGACCUUGGGCUAACCAACAGCUUCUUAGAUACAGCACCAAAAGUACAAACAAGGGGAAAAAAAUAAAUUGGACUUAAUCAAAAUGAACUUUUGUGCUUUAAAGGACACCAUCAAGAAAGUAAAAAGACAACCCACAGAGUGAGAGAAAAUUUUUGAAAAUCACAUCUGAUAAGGGGUUUGUAUCUGGAAUAUAUAAAGAACUCAUAACUCCUAAUAAUGAGCCUUUUAUAUGCUAGUACUUAAUUAUGGUUUCUGUGGAGGAGUAACCAAUGGACUUUCUGUGAUGAUGGAAAUCUUGUAUAUCUUCACUCUCCAAUAUGAUAACUUCUAGUCCCAUGUGGUCACUGAGGAGUUGCAAUAUAGCUGGUGUGAGGAGCUUUUUUUUAAUUUUGGUUUUAAUUUAAAUAGCUACAUAUAGCUAGCGGCUUCCAUAUUCAACUGCGCAGCUGUAGAGAAUGGGGCUAGAAGUUAGGUAGGGUAAAGGGACUUUUUGCCUUUCACUUUAUAUUUUUCUGUACAUUUGAAUUUUUAAACCAAGCAUGUAUUUAUAAUUUUAAAACAUUAAAAAAAUAAGAAUGGUGCAGUUUUUUCAUCUUUUCCAUCAGCCAUGCUUUUAUUUUACUUGACUCUCUUACACCAAUUGCUUUGUAAUAUUAGCAUAGGAUUUUUUUUUUAUAUACAUCAGGGGAAUUUAGGAAAGGUAACCUAUCCAUACCAAUGACAAAGUGAGGAAGAGAUUAGGAUAGUAAAGGCUCACUAAAUCCAAAGCUAAUACUUGAUUCUGGAGAAGGUAUUUUCUGGAAAGUAACUUUAAAAAUUAUAAAAAUUAUAAGUUACAUGUUUUCUAAUAAAAGAAAAAUCAAACCUCAAUACAUGGGAUCAUUUGAAUGUAAAACAUUAAAGUGUUGUUCUUCCAGAGGUGAGCAGGUAAAUAGAGGUAUAGCCUUAGGAAAGAAAGUCUUUAAAGAAUACUGAAAAGGGGCAUUUAGACCUUUUGUUUUUCCUUGAUCUCCAAAUCUAACUUGCCCGUGAAGCAACAAUGAAGUGGUCUCAGUAAUCACAAUUUUUUUCAACUCGUCAAACUCAAGAAAUUCCAUUAUGUAUCCACAGCUCACAUAACUGAUAUAUUGACACAUAGAUCUGCACCAGUUCAGUGUCAGGAUGAGAUCUGAUUUUUUUUUUUAAGGCCCAAUAAAUUUUAAGUUGUUUCCUGUUGUUUAAACGUUCCCCUGGUAUUUGUAUGCUGUUGCUUUCAACUACCAACUGUUGCCAAAAACUCAGGAUUUACACAUUACUUUCAUGUAUUUCAACCUGUUUUUCUAGCUUAACAUUGUGAAUUUUAUCCAGGCCUAACCACAAUAAGUUUUCAAUACUUGCCCUUGAAUUAUAUGACAUAUUUCUCAUAUUGAUAAGCUGUUAGUAAAGAAAAAUACACCCAGAAGUAAUGUUUGUAUAAAUGUAAUUUUUUUUUUCUGUUUGACAGCAUUAAAAACAUUUCAGCAGACACAAAGUUUGGCUUUACUGAAGUCUGAGUCCGCUCCAAGUGGUGUGACUUAAAAAAGUGUGUUAUUUAUCUUGUGUAUGCUUUUUCUAUUUCUUUAUCUGUAAAAUAGGGAUGAUGAUAUAAUAUCAUAGGGUUUAUAACACUUUACAGGGUUGGCAAUACUCCAGAAAUUCCCGUAAAGCGCCAGCCUUUUUAAAAGGAUCAUCAUUCUCCAUCUGGCAUUCUCAAAAUCGUACCAGUCCCCACACAGGGCGUAGUAUCUGUUAUUAAGGUACUUCCUACAAUGCACUUUUCAUAGUAUUGGCAAUGCAUAUUGGCUUCUAAAGUAAGUUGCAACUGAAUUUUGUUCACUCCAAAUUCACUUUUCAAAAAGUAUGGAAAUUGAACGUCCCCAGCCGUUAAUGUUACAUAAAGUACUUUACACACAAAAACAAUUUGAUUAGCAGUGUUUCUAACUGGUGGGAUUAUUUGUCUUUGCUUACCUGUAUUUUCCAGUUCUUAUACAGAGAACAAGUAUAGUUUUAAAAUAUAUUGUUUAAUAUUCUGAGCAUCAAUAAAUGUUUUUGAACACA